AUGCCGCUUCGAGACACUGAUCACCUUUCUGGCUAUGGUCGCCAUGUUGCUGCAGUCUCCGACCCAAACCGUGAUGUCUCUAGAAGCACCAAACCCUCUGAGUCUUCACAUCAUUCACCUACUCAUGCUUAUCAAACCUGCGACAUCUGGAGGAAGGUUCAGAGUAUUAAGUACUGCGGUUUCAUUCUUCUACAUGGAUCCGACCUUGAUGUCGCUUCGGUCAUUGCAUAUCUCACCAAGGGCUACUUUGUAUACGGUGUCAAUACCGGCUUCGGCGGAAGCGCUGAUACUCGUACAAAAGACCUUCCAGCUCUGCAGUCGGCACUGCUGCAACUCACCCAGGCAGGGAUCUUGACUGACGAAGAUUCGAAUGGCAAUGGACUCAACAUUAUGCCUGUCACUUGUGUUCGAGCUGCCAUGUUAAUUCGCUGCAACACACUCCUUCGGGGGCACUCUGGCGUGUGUCUGGAACUUGUUCAAGCCCUGCUUCUCCUACUUAGAAAGGGUAUGACACCUAUUGUUCCUCUACGCGGCUCAAUCUCUGCAUCUGGCGAUUUGAUUCCCCUAUCAUAUCUCGCCGGUAUGCUCGAGGGCAACCCCGACAUUCGCGUCCGCACAUCGACCUCCUUCGUUCUAUCUGCUGACAAGGCACUUGAGCUCGCUGGAUCGGAACCAAUUACUCUUGGUCCCAAGGAAGAUCUCGGGCUGGUCAAUGGUACGGCCCCUUCGGCUGCCUUGGGGUGCCUGGCAGUACACGAGGCAAACAAGAUCUUGUUACUAGCUCAAGGCCUUGUAGCCAUGUCAUGCGAGGCCUUACUCGGCAAGGCUGAGAACUAUCAUCCCUUCAUUUCUUCUGUUUGCCCUCACCCUGGGCAAGUGGAAUGUUCUGCAACUAUACUGCAUUUCCCGAAGGGAUCUUCACUUGUUCAAAGCCUCAAAGAGGAGGACAAGUUCAAGCCCGGCGCUCCAUGGCGGCUCGGCCCUCAAGUCGAGGAUGUCUGCUCUGUACUAUCUCAGAUCACAGUGGAACUGAACUCGGCUUCCGAUAACCCCAUCAUCGAUAUCAAAUCCGGUGAGGUCUACUCGGGCGCCAACUUCAUCUCCAGCUCCGUUGCCAACGGAAUGGAAAAGAGUCGCCUAGCGCUUCAGAUGGUCGGCAAACUUCUCUUCAGUCUCUCCUCCGAAUUGAUCAACCCUACCCUGAACAGAGGCCUUCCUCCAAAUGUCGUCGCCGAUGACCCCAGUUUGUCGUUUACCACGAAGGUAAUUGAUAUUAGCAUGGCUGCUUACCUGUCAGAGCUUGGAUAUCUCGCGAACCCUGUUACGCCCCAUGUCCAGUCCGCAGAAAUGCACAACCAGUCCAUCAACUCUCUAGCGCUGAUUUCAGGAAGAUAUACUCUCCAAGCUGCUGAUGUCGUCGCGCAGAUGUGCGCUGCGCAUCUUUUUGCUGUUUGUCAGGCCCUGGACUUGCGAGUGAUCCACAUGACGUAUCUCAAAGCGCUCAGAACCAAGUUGGUCUCAAAAGUGCUGCCGUUCCUCAAUGGAUUCGACGACCAGGUAGCGGAAGGAAUUUAUGAGAGACUUCACGAGACUAUCGUCAAAUCGUGGAAUGCUUCAGCUUGCUUCGAUCUUCAAGAAAGAUGCAAGAUCCUGUCCAAGGAAACGAUACCAGUCCUCCGGGACCAUCUCGAGGAGCAUGAAAUGCAUUUUGUAUCCACACGGCCACUCCAGAGAGAUCUGGAGAAUUUGGCCUAUCCCACCUUUACCCAGACACGCAGUGAGUUCUUCGUCAAGCCUCCUACGAAGCAAUUCCUGGGCCGUGCUUCUCUGGGAUUAUACUGCCUAGUCGAGCAUCCGGGUAGAAAAGCCAGCGGCAAGGUCAAUGGGAGAAAGAAAAGAACCAUUGGGUCUUGGGUUUCGAUCAUCUUUACCGCCCUGACUAACGAUCAGGUCUGGGGCCAUUUGGUUGAGGCUCUAGGGGGCAGGACGUGCCAAGUGCGACUGGUCUAA